AAAUGUAAAUUUGUAACAUUCUGCAUGGUGUAAAUCUAAUAACAUCUGUUGCUUAACACAUGACAACUAACUAUUGGAAGUUGGAAUUUUUUUCACGAUGUGAUUACGUUGAUUUUCCUGGUUUUACACUCGUAUCAAGGUGGAUAUCAUACGAUAUGUUCAAGGUGAGGAUUGUAUCGUUGGGGAAAGUUUUAACGUGUUCGACAGCCGCCUUAUUCCUCGGUUAUCUUUGGUACAAGCGCAAGAGAACUUUGUCACAUCGCCAGAGUGACAAGAAGAGACCCCGUUCUGAACCUUCAGAACUGACUAAAAUUGACGAACAAGAAUUGUUGCAGGCAUUAGGAAUAGCCUCUCAUACGUUAGAGGUAUCACAAACUGUGGAAGAAGAACUGAUUGAGAGUUCUGUUAUUCAUAAAGAGAUCAUGGAGCCAACUGUCAGUCAAAUAGAAGCGAAUGAAAAAGAAUCAUUUAUAGAUAACCAAGAAGUACAUGAAUUGGUUACAAAAGUUAUCACAAUAGCUAGUGAACAACAGGUAUGUUUAGAAUCUGAUUUUACCACGAUAGAUUCUUUAACUGAAGAUAUGACUAAUUUGAAAUUAAGUACAGAAAUAGUAGAAGAAAAUGGAAUAGUUAUAAAUACUGAUAAUUCUAUAAAUGUUCAUCAAGUAAUAGAAAAUAUUGAGAAAGAAGAAAUAGAAGAUAACUCUAAAGAUACGGCUUGUUGGACAGAAAUGGUAGAAAAAGAAGAUCACUGUGAAUGUCCAAAAGCUGUUCUUGUUAAAAAAGUUAAAAAAGAUGAAGAACCUAUGAUAUUUGAAGGAAUUAAAUUUAAAGGAAAAAAGAAGAAAGGCAGAAAAAAAAAUCAAACAAAAGAUACUAUUAAACUUCCUUCUGAAUCAAACAGUAAAAAUAAAACUAACAGCAUUGUAAAAUCUGUAAAGAAAAACCAAAUCGUAGAAGAAGAUUGUGAUUCAGCGCAUAGUGUAGAUCAUAGUGUUGAUACCAAUGAUGCACCAAAUACAAUUUAUUCAGAUAUUAGAAGUGUUGGUUCUCAAGACAGUGGCAAAGGUGGUAGUUCUUUUUCUGGAGAACUGCGCACAGUAUCUGAUUCUGAUGAGCAAACCAGUUAUGACUUUAUAGUUCCAAUUGAACUAGUGGGACCAAUUAUUGGUAAAAAAGGAGCAUUUGUUAAAUAUAUAAAAGAGAAAAGCAAUGUUAGGCUUUUUGUUGAAAACAAGACUGAAAGUCCAGAAGAUAAAUAUAAAAUGUGCACAUUAGUUGGAUCUGAAAUAAAUAUUAACAAAGCUCUCAAGUUAAUUAGAACAAAGUUUCCUGAAAGAGCUUACCCUGAGUUUACUUUAGAAUGUAUUUCUUCAUUGUUGGAUAGUUCACCUGUUAUUUCUCAACUUUUUAAGUCGGAAUUAAUUGAAGGCGUUAAUAACCAUGUUAUUGUCACUGACCUAGUAGCUACAGAUCAUUUCUUUGUACAUAAUGCAUCAAGUCCAGAUUAUGCAUUGCUUUCUUCUUUGAACUUUGCCAUGAACGAUACAUUUGGAAACAGCAAAGAAGAUAUUCCAGAAGUUGAUUUACGCACUGUUACCCAUGGUUCUGUAGUAGCCACAUAUAGCGAAAAUAAUUGGUAUCGUGCACAAGUGAUCGAUGUAGACGAAAAGAAAUAUGAAUCUGCUAAUGUAUUCUUUUUGGAUUAUGGCGGUUGCAAAAAAAUUGAACAAUGUGAUAUGAGGCCAAUGCACGAUUCAUUAAUAUCAUUAAGCUUCCAAGCAAUAGAAUGUAGUUUAGCGAAUAUUGCUCCAAUUUAUGGAGAGUGGUGUGAGGAAUCCCUAAAAAUGUUUGAAACACUGACUACUAGCAAAAUGUUGUUCGCGCAAGUCGUUUACAAAUCUGAUAGUAUACAAUAUGUUAAUUUAUUAGCUUUUGAUGGCUUAAUGACCAUUUCUAUCAACGAUGAACUGAUUAAAUAUGGAUUUGCCGUCUACGCUCCCCCAAGUGGUAUUUACCGAAAUGAUACAAAACCCGAACUUAACGAACCAAUACACGUACCUGCAUAGGUUACUCUCUCAUUUGUUUUAAAAUUGCUUUUGUAUUUUCCUGACUGUUAUUGCGUUUAUUUUAUUACUAUUUUUUCCAUUCAUGACUUAAUCAUUUUUAUUCAAUUUUAAAUCUUUCAUUGAAAACCUGCUUUCAGGUAUAUUAUUUUUUUUUUUUAAGUAAUGCACUCAUUUUUCUACACAAAUUGGUAUUUUAUUUAUUUAUGAAAGCAUGAAAACCAAAACUUUUGAUUUAUUAUUUAUUAUGAAAUAAAUUUGCUAUGGAUUAUAUUAAUAGUUAAUUAACAAUUAAUUCUUUCUUUAGUACAAAUACCAGACUUUUAACACUAAUAUUUUAAAUAAUUUAAUAUAGUUAAAAUUAUAAUACAUUUUUAUUAAAAUACCAUUUGUUAUAAUUUUGAGUACUUCAGUUUAUUUGUGUAUCAUAUAAAAAAAAAAAAAAAUUAUGUAAUUGUGUCACACGGAAAUAGUUUUAUGUAUAUGACAAUUUUUUUUUUUUUUUUUUGACAAAAAAAGUGUUUAUAUUGUUUGCAUUUGAGUAAAAAAAAUUUAGAUUUAAACCAAAUAAAUUAUGUUAAAUUAUAUAUUUUUUUUUUAUCUUCGUCGACUGUAUUACAAUAGAAAUAAGGUUUUUUUGAAAAUGGUUUUUCUUUUUCAACUGAGUACAUAAUAUGUUAUAUAUUUUAGAUAAAAUUAUGAAAUUAUUUUAAUUAACGUUAUCUUUUAACAGGAUAAAAUAAAUCACAUCAAUUAUAUUAGAAGUAUUAUUAAAUAAUUAGAAUAUAGAACCUUACAUAAUGUUUCAAUUUAAGAGUGAAAAUUUAUAAAAACAAUGAUGUAAAUUUUAACUAGAUGUACCUCUUAAAAGUUCAUACAAUAACUAUGAAUGAAAUAUCAAAUUAUAUAUUUAUAAUAAAAUUAAUUCAUUAUUGAUACGGAUAAGUUAAGAUAAUUGUAAGGGAAGCAAUUUUUGUUAUCGAGUCUUUUCUUUUAUAAAAAUUAACGAUUCAGUUAUAUAUUUUGUUUUAUUUUCAUAAUAUUGUAACCCUAUAUUGAUUUCAAAUUAAUCAAUUUAUUAACGUGAUGUCUAAUGGCUGAACAUAAUUCAAAAUAAAUUCAGUUAACAU